AUGUUUCCAUUCUGCUCAAAACUAUCUUCAGUAUCUACUACUUCAUCGUAUGUCCGUUAUAUUGAACAAACAUCAAAUGUCACUCAUUUAAUUUAUUAUCCACAAUUAAAAUGGUUAUAUGUUGCAUCAGUUGGUACUCUAUCUAUAUACGAUCAAAAUUUAACACUUUUACAAACAACAAAAAUACAAAAUACCUAUACGAACGACUUAGAUUUAUGUAUAAUAAAUCCAUGUCAAUGUUUAAAACAAAAUAUUAGUGUUAACUCAGUUUACAAUAGGGAUUCAUUAAGAAAAAUAUAUCGUCGACAAACAUUACUAUUAAAAAACUCAUCUUAUUUAUCACCAGCUAUGCAAUCAUUAUUACCAUCAGAAGUAUCUAAUAUUACACCAUUAUCACUUAUCUAUUCAUCGUUAUUAAAAAAUGGUAUUGAUCAAAAUAAUUAUAAUUUAGCAUUUUAUCUUGAAACAGAAUAUCAACUACAUUCAAAACCAUAUUUAAUUGAUUGUUGGUCAUUACAACAAGGUACAUGUAUUUUACGAAAUGCUUUAAAUUUAACCGAUGUUUAUUAUGAACAAAAAUUUAAUUUAAAUAAAAUUCAACAAUCAAAACAAUUUUUAUUUAAUAUUGAUCCAACAAUUCCAAAUCAUAUCUAUCCAUUUCGUCUUAAACUUCAAUCGUGUACAAAUAGUACUGUUUAUUUAUUUUUGACAUCAACAUUACGAAAAAGUGUGUCAAUGACAAAUAAAAAGAUAGUCAAUAAUUCAACAAAUCUAUUAUAUUUACAGUGUUUAGAUCAAUUACAAAGGCGUACAUUAACUCUAAGACUAUUGGCAUAUAAAGAUGACUUAAAAUCAAACGAUUUCAUGAAUUCAAAACAAGAAUCGACACGAACAAUGAUGAAUGAAGUGGCAAAACCAGAUAUUGUUUUUAAUACAAAUAAUACGGUCAAAUCUGAUGAUAUGUUAAGAAUAACCACAGUACCCAUUAAAGUAUCAACAACUGCAGUUAUAAAUGAAAUGGUCUCGCCUUUUGUUAAUGUUACUAUGCAGAAAAAUCAGGAUAAAAAAAUGACAUCUUCUGAACCAUUUAUAAAUAUAAACGAUUACUGUCAUGAUACAUUUUCUGUUAUACAUUCAAUAUACACUGAUUUUUUUGAACAAGAAUCAUCGGAAAAUUUUCGAUUAUUUCAAGAUGUUAUUUAUGAUAAAAAAGAGUCGACUUUUUAUGUAUUUACAAAUCAGUAUCAAACAUCAGACCAUUCUUAUGUAAGUAAAAUAAUACGUUUAUGUGAAGGAAUGAUAUCUUUUCGACAUUAUGUGGAAAUAACAUUAAGUUGUGGAAUAAAUUAUACUUUAAUACAAAAAGUAAAAAUGAUUACAUUAAAAAAUGAUAAACAAUAUAUUUUAACAGUAGUAUCAACUGCAAGUAGUGCACAUAGUAUUGAACCAAGUCAACAUUCAGCAAUAUGUAUGUACGAUUUGGAUAUAAUAAGAAAAGCAUUUGUUCAAAACAUAAUGGAUUUAUCAAAAGGAAAUAUUUCAUUGGGAAUGUCUUGGCUUCAUGGAGAAUCCAUUAUUCCACAGUAUGCCGCACCCUAUUCCAAUCUUGCUCAUUGUUCUACGACGCGAGAUAUCAGUUAUUUAAUGAUCUAUGAAGGUUAUCAACCGAUUUUUUCUGAACCAUUGAUUAAUUUUAAUUCUGAUCAAUUAACGUCAAUUGAGGCAACGGUUAUUAAUAAUUAUAUUGUGACAAUAUGCGGAACAUCUGAAGGAAAAAUAAAAAAGAUCGGUAUUCAAAUAUCAACGAGAAAAGCAUAUCAAUUUGAAGAAUUAUUUGUUCAUUAUGGUGAGCCAAUACUUCGUCAUUUAGUAUUGGAUGAAGAGGGACGAUUUUUGUACGGUGCAACAAAAACACGGGUAAUGAGUGAGUACGAUAAAUUUAUUUGUGCUUAUAGUAUUUUAAAUCUAAUAGACUUGUUUCAUAUUUUAGUUAUUUCAAAUUGAUUUACACGAUUGCAAUCGUCAUACAACAUGUUUUUCUUGUU